AAUAGGCCAAAACUUACAACCUCAUCAACACUGUCACUUACAUAUGCAUCCAAAUCAAUUAGCAACUGUGAUGGAGGGUACUGCUAUUUCUUCCAAAGAAGAGAGCGUUGAUCUUGAUCUGACCCAAAUCUCUCUUCGACCCUUAAAUCUUUCUGACCUUGAUGAUCUCAUGGUGUGGAGCACCGAUGAAAAGGUCGCCAAGUUUUGCUCUUGGGAACCUUACACCAGCAAAGAAGAUGGCAUUAACUUCAUUGAAAAUAUAGCAAGCAAGUUUCUAUGGUGCAGGGCAAUAUGCCUUAACGAUCGUGCUAUUGGGUGUGCUUCUCUGUCCUCAUAUUCAGCCCAUGAUAUAUCCAGGAACAAAUCCGCAGAACUUGGCUAUGUUCUGGGUUCCAAAUACUGGGGUAAAGGUAUUGCCACGCAGGUUGUGAAACAAGUGGUUAAGGCUGCAUUCAGUGAGUUGCCAUACUUGGAGAGGCUUGAAGCUCUUGUUGAUGUGGAAAAUGUUGGCUCUCAGAGAGUGCUCGACAAGGCUGGUUUCCAAAGGGAAGGAGUUCUCAGGAAGUAUCUGUUCAUAAAGGGAAAAAGCAGAGAUAUGGUCAUGUUCAGUGUUCUUUUAACCGAUCCCCAUGUUUGAUUUGUUUGUUUCGAGGAUGUUUCUCAAUUAUCAUUAUGUUUCAUUUGGAAUUAAUGUUUGAAUUGAAUUUGACUAUGAUGACUAUUAUACCAACAAAAAUAUAUAUAUUCAAGAUUGGUCUGGUGCCGAAGAAUUUGGAUAAUUGGUCAAGUUAUUAUAUCCCCAUCAUAAAUUUUAUUAUAUAUAGUA